AGUUCAUCCAGCUCCUUACUAUAUCCGGCAUCUUCUGAUUUGGGCUUGACCUACUCGGUUUCGGUACCCGUUGCCGAGUAUUAUCCGGAACGUCGAAUACUAAUCGAUUGGUGUUUUGCAGUCAGCUACUCUUUGCCCUACAAUCUAACCUCGUUCUAUAGUAUACCCAUUUGGCCGGGAUUCGCCAAUUAUAAAACUAAACGUGAUGUUCUUCAAACUGACGAAACAGAUGUCAGUUUCUAUACCAAGUAUGGUUACAAUACAAACGCAGCAACACAUCCCAAAGAUUUCUCAGCUGGUCAACUUUACGCUGCAAUCGAAGAUUCAUUGUCUUCCUAUGGAUUCCAUGACACUUGCCUUUUACGCAGUGUCUGUGAGCUGUCAAAGCAUCCAUUCGACGAACAUAAUCAACAUAUGUUGAGCGAUAUAAUGAACUUUCUUUUAAGUCCAUCACAGCACGAAGGAUUUCUGGAGAGUGAGCAUGUCUAUAAGCAAGCCUAUGAGCAAGCUGAACUUGAUGGAUUUCUGGGCAAAAAUUGUGCGCAGCUCUAUUCUCAUUGUAAACAUGAUGUCUUGCGACUUAUCACAAAUGUUAUAUUACCCAAUUCAUAAAAUUCAGUUUAUAAGACUCUCGUUUUUUCAAUUUCUCCAAAAAUAAAUAGCGCCGAGCCUUAUAA